AUGAGCGAGACUAUGAUGUCAAAUGUUGAAAGAGACUUGAAUGGAAACGUAAAUCAUAAGAAAUCCUUCACCCGGUUUCCUGAAGAUUUGAUAAUCCGCGAGACCGUUCCCGGUCAGGACACAACUGAAGAGCUGGAAUUGAUUGUACAGAGCUCGGAAAAAAUCGACGUGAACUGCUUGAAUGAGUACGGCCAUACUGUGUUGAGUACGGCGGCAUUUGUAGGCAGUAUGAAAUGUUGUAGGAUACUUGUUGAACUUGGAGCAGAAGUAGGAAAACAGGACGAAGAUGGCUGGACUGCGAUGCAUUAUGCCAUGGCAAAGGGAUAUUUGGACAUUGUAAAAUAUUUGGUUAUGUGUGGAGGAGAUUUAUUCGCUAAAAAUAACGACGGCGACGCACCAUUGGAUUUUGUCGAAGAUAACGAAAUUAAAGAAAUACUCUUAGCGAGUUACGAAAAAUAUUCGCAGAGCAAAUCCGAAGUAUAA